CAGAAAAAAAAAUAAAUAAAAAGAAAAUUAUUCAAGCACGCCUGGCGAAUUGAUAUUGAUUGCGCGCUUUUCCUCAAUUGGCAAACAAUUGACUAACAAUAACUAAAAAGUUGCUCUCAUCCCGCAUUCCGAAUGUUUGUUGUUGUUUAUUGUUGUGCAAAGAGAGCGGAAGGGAGAGUGGAGAGAGCGGAAGGGCAGAGAGAGGGCACAGGCACAGAAAGCACGGCAAUUGACAGCACGUUACGUAUACGCCUCUUACGCCCCGCAUUUAGCAUUUGUUUGCCAAGUUUGCUGUGUGCUUGAGUGUAUAAAAUUAUUAAGAAACAAUUACGUGCACGGUGCCAAACAAUUAACUCGAUGACCCAAAGUGCAAUAAAACCCCCACUGAAUCAUGAAACUGAAUACAAAAGUUAAGCUCUGAACAUGAAUGGCAAAGUUUGCGGCCGCGUAGCAGCAGGAAAUGUCCCACGACUAUCAAUAGCCAAUCCGGAAACGCUCCGAACCGAACCGAAUCGAACCCAGAACCCAGAGACCAGAAGCGCCAGGAAUCCAAUCCACCAGGAAGCCGGCAGCCAAGGGGAGCCGCAGGGGAGAGUCCGCACCAGUUCCUAUGCAGCUAUAUCCGAGUUUAAAUGAAAUUGAGCAAGAGCCUGGCAAACUGUCGCGCCAUCCGGCGCUAUUUGCUCAUCUUCACGGCCGUGUCCCUGCUGCUCCUGCCCCUCUCCCUGGCCUACCUGGUGUGGAACGAGCAGCUGCAGAAGAUCCGAGGAUUCGAGGCCUUUAAUGUGCAGCAGCAAUCGCCGCAGCAGCCGCAGCAGCAACAGCAGCAGCAGGAGCAGCAGCAGCCGCAGCAACAUGGCCAGUUUCCGUAUCCGGUGGUCCGGUAUCCGAUGUUGCUGCUGAACAAGAACAAGAACAAGGACCUGACCGUCGUGGCAACGGGCAAGACCAAGAACAAGUGGCGCUAUGUUGAUAAAGACAGCAACCAGACACUCCUGCCCCUCAUCCCCGAGUAUGCCGUGCAGACACUCACGCCGCAGGAAAUGCUCCAGGUGGAGCAGCGGAUGGACCAGCGCAGGGAGCGGCUGAAGGACAAGUGCUCCGCCUACGGCCUGGAUGUCCUGGGUCACGACGCGUGGCACACGCCGAACACGUGGGAAUUUUUGGUCAACAAAAAGUAUCACAUUAUCUGGUGCAAUGUCUUUAAGGCUGCCUCCUCGUCCUGGAUGUUCAACUUCAACGUCCUGGCUGGCUACUCGCCCAGCUAUCUGCGCAAAACCAAGAAGAUCCUCCUCAAUCUGGCCAGGGAGCGCUAUCCCAGGGUGACCCUCGACGAGCUGCGUGAGGCGCAGAACUACUCGGUGACCUUUAUCAUCGCACGCGAUCCCUUCGAGCGGCUGUUGAGUGCCUAUCGGGACAAGAUGGUGUUCGCCCUGCCCUACUCCUUCCACGAUAAGUUGGGACGCAGCAUUGUGCGCAACUACCGCAAGAAGCCCUCUUUGGCUGCCCGUGCGGCCAACACUAAGUUUCCGUCGUUUCCGGAAUUCGUGCACUGGCUGCUCGACCAGGUGAAGCGCGGCAGCUUCAUCGACAUGCACUUCGUGGCGGCCACCUCGUUCUGCACACCCUGCCUCAUCCGGUUCGACAUGAUACUGAAGUUCGAGUCGCUGGCGGAGGAUCAAUUAUAUCUAAUCGAAAAGACUGGCCUCAAGCGGGUGAUAGCGCCCGUGUGGCGCAACAUGGGCAAGGGCCGCAAGACGCACGAGCUCCAGCAGCAGUUCUACGCGCAGCUGACGCGCCAGGAAAUGCUGGAGCUCUACGAGUAUUACAAAUACGACUUCGAGCUGUUCGACUACGAUAUCCAGGAGUAUCUGCAGGUUGCCCGGCCGGAUGAGGCCGAAAGUCCGGCGGGCACAAAGAAUUAAACUAGCUCUGAAUUCUUAGACUUUGCUAAAAACCAAUGAAUCAAGUUCAACGAACUCACAUAUUAGCCGUCACAGUACGUAAUUGCAAAUGUUGAUAAUACUGAAGAAAACAAUAAUAAAGUUAGCUAUAUUUAAACGAA